GGAUGUCCUCCUGUGUGUGCCAGCUGCCUGCCUCGCUGUUAGGGCUCCCCAGGACUCAGCCAGGCUGGGUACACAGAAGGGGGUUACUGGGUGCUGAGUGAGGAGCUCAGCCCCACAGCCACCCUCCCCCAGGGCGCCCGGCUCUCCCGGCAUGGAGGGCUGCCCCGGGCGCCUCAGGAAACGGCUCCUCCUUAUCUGUGCAGUGCAGCCUGGCUCGGACUGCCCUUUGCCACCGAAUGACAAAGAAGAGAUAGAGAAGCCCAAGUUCUGCUGCCCUGUGCACGGCCGCCUUGCCAAUAGAGCCCAUGCCUCCAAUGGAGUGGUACUAUGAUGACAGUAGCCAACCAGAGAGCAUCAUGCAAAUGAGACUACUGUAUCCCAUACCAGCUGCUCAGUGCCGGCUCGUUGUUAUAGUGAUCCAGUGAGGCCUGGUCGCCUGGCGUCUCCUGGAAAGAAGGGGAAGGGAACAAAACAAGAAACCACAAAACAAGCAAAGCCUCUGGUCCCUCCAGGGAAGGAAGCAAGAAGAAGGGGGUGGGGAGUAUGUGACAAAGAAAACACUUUCGCCCGAGAGGAAGACAACAGAAGGGCUAGAGCCGCCGGGAGCAUUCGCUGGCCAUGCCAGUGCUCACCACUGAUGCUGAGUCAGAAACAGGUAUCCCAAAAUCCCUUUCUAAUGAGCUUCCCUCAGACACCAUGGAGGAAAUAGAGCACACAUGUCCUCAGCCUCGACUGACCCUGACCGCACCUGCCCCAUUUGCAGAUGAAACCAGCUGCCAGUGCCAAGCCCCCCAUGAAAAAUUGACCAUUGCUCAGGCCCGCUUGGGAACACCAGUUGACAGACCUGUUAGAGUGUAUGCAGAUGGAAUAUUCGACCUCUUCCACUCUGGCCAUGCUAGAGCGCUUAUGCAAGCUAAAACGUUGUUUCCCAACAGCUACUUGCUAGUAGGAGUUUGCAGUGAUGAUCUCACUCAUAAAUUCAAAGGCUUCACCGUAAUGAAUGAAACAGAAAGAUAUGAGGCUCUCAGACAUUGUCGUUACGUAGAUGAAGUCAUCAGAGAUGCUCCAUGGACACUCACACCAGAAUUCCUAGAAAAACACAAGAUUGACUUUGUGGCCCAUGAUGACAUUCCUUAUUCCUCUGCUGGCUCUGAUGAUGUUUACAAGCACAUAAAGGAAGCAGGAAUGUUUGUCCCAACUCAGAGAACAGAAGGCAUCUCAACAUCAGACAUCAUCACCAGAAUUGUCCGUGACUAUGAUGUUUAUGCCAGACGUAACCUCCAAAGAGGGUACACAGCUAAAGAGCUGAAUGUUAGUUUUAUAAAUGAGAAGAAAUACCGUUUCCAGAACCAAGUGGACAAAAUGAAAGAAAAAGUCAAGAAUGUAGAAGAAAAAUCAAAGGAGUUUGUUUAUAAGGUGGAAGAAAAGAGCCAUGAUUUAAUUCAGAAGUGGGAAGAGAAGUCUCGAGAGUUUAUUGGCAACUUUCUAGAACUCUUUGGACCUGAUGGAGCAUGGAAACAGAUGUUUCAAGAACGCAGCGGACGGAUGCUCCAGGCAUUAUCUCCGAGGCAGAGCCCAACGAGCAGCCCGACGAGGGGCCGGUCUCCUUCCCGGUCCCCCUCUCCCACUUUCCCCUGGCUCCCAAACAAGACCUCUCCCCCUUCUUCCCCCAAAGCCGCCUCAGCCUCCAUCAGCAGCAUGAGCGAGGGGGACGAGGAUGAGAAGUAAAUCGGCGCUCGUUGGCAAAGCAGCUACGAGGUCCCGAGGGAGGGAUGCCUGGACCUUACACACAGAAGGAGAGGGAGGGUGGGGGGGCAGAGCGACUGCUGGCAGGGUGUGCAGCGAGCACCUCUGAGGUGGACCGACCGAGGUGAGACCUGGAACUCUGCUGGGGGCAGUCUCUGCGGCGAUGGGUCGCCCCCUCACGUUUCUACGCCAUCCUCAGGCACGUGCUCAGCGUGGAAUUUGCCAGUCGCAACUCAGGACUGAUGGAACUGUACGAAGUCAUCAUCGCUAUUUUAAUGACUAUUGUGGGAGAGAACCAGGAGAAUUUGCACUCAAUCGAGCUAUUUUCUGCUUCUGGGUUUUUGUUUUUGUUGUUGUUGUGUAUGUGUAUGCGUGCUAACCCAAACUUAAUGAGCAGCCUUUCUCCUCACCGCUUUAGAGGAAAGAGCUAUCCCACCAUGGCGGCAAGACAUGGAAAAAGGCAAAGGCGGGAUGGCUCAGCUCCACUCUCUGCUCUCUGCGUGGGAACCUGGCCUUGUACACGUGUCAGCUCUCCAGUUUCAAGAAUAUGGCCCAUUGCAGAGUCCUCGCUCUCCAAGUCAAACAGCGAGGGUCAUCUAGCACGAGCCAUCUUUCUCUCUUCCCUCUACACCCCAAGCCACAGUUUUGUUAAGAAACGUUCCUAAAAGAAUGGAAAGCCUCCUGUUGUGGAUUUUUUUUCUUUCCAUGGGCAGGCAUGGAAUACUCUUCCAGAGGUUGCUUUCCUUAUAGAUCUGAUUUGGAAAAUAAAAAAGGGAAGUAAAACUAUUGAGAAAAAAAAACAACAACCCAAAAUUGAUUUUGAUCUGAUCCAGUCUGAGUUUCUCAGAUAUUGAAAAUCUCCUGGAGCAACUCCUUAAAGAAAGUCAUUAGCUUGUUCAGUGAGGCUGCCUUGCUCCCCUUAUAAAGGAUCAGGCAUCCUGAUCGACCUCAGGAGGAAGUAUGCUCUCUUUGGGCACGGGAGCUUCCUAUGGCUUGUAUGCACCAUGCACACCAUCCAGGUGUAUCCCAAAUGCAACAUGAAUAUCGUGCUCUACACAAGCUCUUCUCCUGCUUUCUACCUUCCUUUAUUAGACCCAGCUUGAAUCCUCGGGAUAAAGUGCUACUUGGUUCCCUCCUGAUUCCCGGUCUUCACAGGCAAAGCUGGAAGGUCCUCUGCAGUUUCAAGUCAGAGAAAAUGGUUCUGUCUUUCAAAGAAGUGGGAUGAAUUGCUAAUAUUUCUGAAUGGAUCAAAGGAAGUGGUUUCCCAUGACCCCUUUCUUGGGAGCUCCAUUGCAAUGUUAACUUUUUGGGUAAUUCUGGUGCUGGGGGGUUCAAAUAGGAAGGCCAUCUUUGCACUCCUGCUUUUUCUUCUUCUUGGUGAUGGGUACCUAUGGACGGAUACCCUCUGAAACAGUUCUCGGGGUUCUUUUUCAUAUAUAGCAUUAACAUCAAGGAAAUGAUUACUUCCUAAAGACUAUGGUUGGGAAAGCAUUUUAGAGUCCCAGCUCUUGGGAAGAAAUAGAUUUACUCUACUGGUUGCCUGUAGAAAACCAGAAACUGAUUUGGCACGCACAGAGCUAUGGUCUACACCAGCAGUUUUGCAGAGGAAGUCCAGGAACUCUUGUGAUGCAGCUCUUUGCCACAGCUCUCGAGUAUCAGCCUUCAAGACAAGGGGGAGAGCUUGUCCCUGAAAGAAUGACAUGAUGCCCUUCCUGCUACAAUGGGGUUAAACCACCUCUCUGCCCAUGCAAUGAUAAAGGAGAUUAGAAAGCAAAAUUAUAAGCCCCCUAAGUGGGGUAGUUAAACCCCCAAAGGCCUGCCUGCUCAGCACAGUUCAGACCCUCCUCAUCCCCAGUGCUGUGCCAGGUCAGUGGGUACCAUGCACUCAGCACCCAUGUGGGAUGGCUGUUUCAAAGAGCCGAAGGAAUGAGCUCAGUGUGAAAUCACUUGUAGACCAGGGAAAGGAACGACUUGCCACACGCAUAGAAAAAAAUCAGAGCCACCAAGGACUCACAGGUACUCCUUCUCCAUCCCAUGACUUGGAGGCUUUCCUUCUGCCCUGCAACCAUUGCAAACUGACCAGUCAUGCCUGCUGGCUCAGCUGUUUAAAGUCUUGGUCAAAGCAAAGGAAUAAGGAGGAAGGUUGGAUCAAUGGCAAAAAUAAAGGGAAAAUAAAAGCAGGGAAAGGAAGGAAAACAGGGAAAGGGAAGCAGAGAAGAAAAACUGAGCAUGAGUAUGGCUGAAAGCCUUGUUUAUCUUGGCUUCUGGGUCUCUGGGGUGGCUACAUUUUCUAGAUAUGCUGCCUUACAAUGAGUUCUUUUUCCUACUUUAGUACUAAAAUUUUGGCUUUAGUUACUAAAAAGUUUUAAUAUCUAACAACACCCUGGGAAGGGUUCAAGAGAGCCCAGCUUAUUUCUUGGUUCUGUUUUGGAGAAAAUAAUAUGAUAACCAGAUGGACAUCCUAAGGGGCAGGGACCAUGAGAAUGUUUUGGCAGGUCUGGUGCCAAGAUAUGUUUUCCAGUUGUGGAAAAUGGUAGUUCUGUGGCAUAUCCUGGGGAUAGCUAUGGGGUAUUGGGGAGAAAAACUGAAUUUGGAGUCAGAGGGUCUGGGAUUAAAUUCCAGCUCUGUUACUCCCCGAAUGAGCUUGGGUAAAUCAUUUACCCUCUCUGGGCCUCAGUUUCCCCAGUGAUAAAAUGAGCAGAUAAUUUCUAAUGACCCUUCCAAGCCUAAAACUACGAUGCUCCUAUGAUUCCCUGCAUGGCAACUUCCUUAUUCCAACCCCACCAGGUGGAGGGGCACAAGUUCAGGAAGGAAGAUCCUACAGAUCUAAUCCUUUGAACUUGGCUUAGCUGUCCCCCAACUAACUCAAACUCUCAGGGGUUGUUUGCACAGGACCACUGUUUCCCCAAAUCAGUGUUUGCUGAGAGUGCCUGAUAUAUUAUCCUGCCUUAGCCAGAGAGAGAAGAAAGAACAAAGAAUGGGUGGCAUGGGAGGGGAGAAGAAAUUUGCUAGAAAACAGGCUGGGAAAAGUCAUAGGGCAGUGGGAGGUCAGAAAAACCAAGGAGAAGGAAGAGAUGAAGUGCUUCUCGGGCAGGAAAUGAGAGCAUGCGGUCUGAGGGAGGCAGAGGAAGUGGAGGAGCACUAUGGAACAUCAGGGAGUCUAGCAGGGAGAGGCGCAGAGGGAUGGGUGAUGAAAACAAGAGAUGGGGAUGGGGAAAGGAAGUAGAAAACAUUCUAAAAAGUUCAAUGUGUCCUGGGGCAAUGUGGAGGACUUGCUUGAGAAAAAAAAUAAAGCAGGGAAGAAUAUAAUGUUUCUUUUAAAAUGUAGAGUAUUUGGGAGUGUGUGUGCGCGUGCAUGUUCGUGCCAGUCAACUGACCUCGAGGUUUUCCUCGUCAAAGAGCUGUUAGUUUAGUUGCUCUUUGGAAGAAGAUACAGGAACCUGAAGGGCAAUCAUUACCAUUAGGUCUUGACACAGAGCCAGCAUUUGCUAGUCCACCAGCGAAGGAGCCUCAUCCUUUUACUUAGCUUUUCGUGGUUCCAAUGGCUGCCCCCUUCCUUGUCAGCUGGGGUAGCCCCGGGAGGGAGCCUCGCCUGCCGUCAUCUUUCCCUCACUUAGAGCAGGACUAUCAGAAGGACUCGGGCUUCAGAGGCAAGCUCAUCUCUUCAGUGACAAGAAUAAGAAAGCUGUGCUUGUGUGGCUGAUGACUGCUGUCUAAAACAGAGGCGCAGUCAUUACUGUUGCAUCUUUCUCUAUGCCUCAGGUGACUAGUUACGGUCGCUCCAUCCUUUGGGGGAGGGAUGGCACGAGCACCUGGACAACUCCUCGAUGCUUCUAAGAUUCUUUUCAGCUGAAUGUCACGAGUCUGGAAAUAGCCAGCCGGGCAUGGCCACGUUUCCGUAGCAUCGAUUCAAUAUUGGUUUGGGUUCAAGAAACAAUGACAUUGGGUCCUUCAGAGAAAAAAACAACUCGGGUCAUUUGCUACUCACGCCAUUCUCUAGACUUGAGGUUUGCAUCAAGUCACUGUGAUCUAUCCAUGGACAAAGCCAUAGGGAGUACAAACAUACACACACAUGCACACACAUGCAUACAUACAUGCACACACACAGGUAUUUAAAUAAAAAAACAUGCCAUACUUGAGAUCUUGUCUGGGUUAACAAGUUAUACUAAAGCCCAAGCAUCUGUCCUGGUGCUGUAUGCUCUACAUCACUGGAAUGGAAUCCCCUCUGUACUCCUGCUCCCUAAUAGAACACGAAAUCUCCAGACAGUUUAUAAACAAAUGAAUGCAGAAUUGCACAUUGGGGGCUGUCAAAGUGUGCUUCUGUGUGUUCAGGCUAAGGAGCCCCAGUUCAAAACAAUAAACUAAAUGAGUUUAAAAAGUG